AAAAAGAAAGAAAAUAAAUUCAAAGAGAUAACAUUUCUUUUCUUCCUAGUGAAAAAACCUCUUUCUACAACCUAGCUAUAUCAUAUCAAUCACCAACAUCAUCUUCAACUCAAUUAUUGAUGAUAAUGGGAAUUCAAGACAAAGACCCACUUGCACAAUUGAGUUUACCUCCUGGUUUUAGAUUUUACCCCACUGAUGAAGAGCUUCUUGUUCAAUAUCUAUGUCGCAAAGUAGCUGGUCAUCAUUUUUCUCUUCAAAUCAUUGCUGAAAUUGAUCUCUACAAAUUCGACCCAUGGAUUCUUCCAAGUAAGGCCAUUUUUGGGGAGAAAGAAUGGUAUUUCUUUAGUCCAAGAGAUAGGAAGUAUCCAAAUGGGACAAGGCCAAAUAGAGUAGCUGGAUCUGGGUAUUGGAAAGCAACUGGAACAGACAAGAUUAUAACAAAUGAAGGUAGAAAAGUUGGUAUCAAAAAAGCACUUGUUUUUUAUGUUGGUAAAGCUCCAAAAGGCACCAAAACUAAUUGGAUUAUGCAUGAGUAUCGUCUUCUUGAUUCUUCACGAAACAACGGUGGCACCAAGCUAGAUGAUUGGGUUCUAUGUCGUAUCUACAAGAAAAAUUCAAGUGCACAAAAACCUAUUCCAAACGGCGUCAUUUCAAGCAGGGAAUACACUCAAUACAGCAACGGUUCAUCGUCUUCUUCAUCAUCCCACCUCGACGACGUUCUUGAAUCACUUCCACAGAUUGACGACCGUUGCUUCAAGCUGCCACAUGUCAACUCGCUAAGAACAACGCAGCAUCGCCAACAAGAAGAAGAAGAGAAGCUGAAUCUUCAAAAUAACAAUUUCAUGGAUUGGUCUAAUUCAUCAUCGAUUUUGAACACAGUAACAGGGUUUCAAGAAGGUCAAACUCAAGGAAUGAUGAAUUUUAGUGGUUGCAAUGACCUUUAUGUCCCCACGUUAUGUCAAAUGGACUCUUCCGUUAUUACGGAGAAAACUAGCAACAUAUCCGUGCAUCCAACUGAAGAGGAGGUUCAGAGUGGGGCCAAAGCAAACCAAGUCGAGAAUUCGUCUGGGUUUUUUCAACGCGGUUCAAAUGAUUUUACUCAAGGAAUGGGAUACGCUAAUCCGGUUGACCCGUUUGGGUUUAGAUACCCAGUUCAACCGGUUGGAUUUGGAUUCCAACAAUGAACCGGAUAGGAAGUUAGAAGAAAAAAAUUUGUUAUUUGUAAUAGUCAAUAUGCAUGUGGUGUAAAUAGGUGGGGAUUCUUUUGGCCUAACAAAAUUUGAAUUUUGGUCCUCAAUUUCGGCUAGAGAUAUGAAGGUGGAAGAAAUUAACAUUCUAUGAAUCUAUCCAUGAGGAGAUAAAGUAGUGGAUGAAGGAACAAUAGAAUCAUUGGGGUGUUGAAAAAUUAAAUGAUUAGGACCAUGUAGUUUUUGGAUGCACCAACGUAUGCUUUUAGCGACAUGAAUCACGUUUUGUUCUGCUUAAAAAAUGAAAUAGCAAUUGCAUUUGUUUGCAAUGUUAGGCUUUGGUUUCAAUCUUUGAUGUGACCCUUUUAGCUAACCACAUCAAUGCUACACACAAGUAAUGCAAUUUUAAUAAUAUAUUCAAGUUUCGUUAUA